AUGCAACCACCACCCAUGACGGCCACAUCGGAUCAUGAGGGUGCCACACCCACCGGUCAAGUUGCUGCGCUCCACCCACUGGCCGAGUCGAUCUAUCUCGCCGCCGCGAGGUCAUUGGGACUCCUCAAGCAGGUCCAGAGUGAGCUUGGGCUUUUUCUUUCAGUAUUGAGUACAACUGAGACGCAUAUCCCGCAUGUUCCCCGGGAUAGUGCUCAGGAUACGGAAAUCAGCAUAACAUUGGAGGCAUGUCGUCAAGUGUUGCUGGACUUGCAACAAUUCAAAGAAUGCUCCGAUGAGAGCCAAAUGUCUGAUUUGGAAGCGAGGUUGUCCGCUUGUAUCAUUGAUCUUACAUCCUUGAACACUGAUCUGAUGAAAAUCUCGCAAGAAAAUCUCGAUUGCAAGUUGCAAGCGUUCAUAGACGAGAUGCGCAUUGGCAUGCGAGAUUCGAAAAUUGUUGUUAAUGCAUUGAGUGGCCAUUCUUCCAUCAAUGAUUGUCCACAAUGGAACCUACUGCAACAGGAGCUGGUAACUGUCACGGGAAUCAGCCCUGCCCUAAUCAAUGAAGAACGCAUGUUUAUUGUGGCAAAGCUGCGAAGUGCUUUUCCGCAGCAGGAAAGCUCUCCUAGUCCGCGCGGUGCAAAGCGUGCCUCGGCCCAACGACAUUCCUCCUCAAUAUUCUCGAGCGACGGCGGUUUCAACCAGAAAGUCAUACCCACUGACAAAUUCCCAAAACUAAUGGUCUCACAAGCUAGUGUAGAAUAUUCAGACAAACAAGUGUGCCCCAAGCGCAGUUUCCCCAUGCGGGUGAAAGCGCAGUCCGAUCCAUAUGCAGUGGAAAACACGCCCCCAAAGGACAAUUUCCCGGUGCGAGUCGCAACAUUCACCGAGGCGCAAAAGCAAACCAUGCAACAACCCCAGUACAAUCCUUCAGGCAAGAAACCCAGUGAGGUUCGCAAACUAUUCUACCAAAUUCGGCACGGACAGCACGAUUUCUUCUAUCACAUCUCCUGGGGCAGUUUCCCGCUAGUGAAGCAGUGUCUCGAAAAAGGCGCCGACAUCGAAGCCGUGCAUGAAAACGGAUGCGCACCACUGGAAAUGGCAGCAUCAUACGGCUACGAGGAGAUUGUCCGCUUGCUUAUAAACUGGGGCGCAGACAUCAACCAUUUUUCUUUCGCACAGCCAACUGCGCUUGGAAGAGCUGCUGCAAUCGGGCAUGGAAGACUCGUCCAGUUACUGCUGGAGAAUGGAGCACAUGUGAACUGCGGUGGACAAAAACCGCUCUCCAAGGCUGCAGAGGCAGGCUGUGAGGAUAUCGUUCAGGUGCUGCUGGCUUGCGGUGCCGGAGUUGAUCUGGUAGAUGUUGAUGGGUACACUGCACUGGGAAAGGCCGUGAAGAAUGGACGUGUGGCUGUGGCGCAACUUCUUUUGGAUAACGGGGCAAAUGUUAAUAAGAAUCUGAAUGAUGAAGGAAGACGGCCGCUUUAUGACGCUGUUGAGAUGGGCUAUGUGAAUAUGGUAAGGCUGCUGUUAGCUUACAGGGCUGAUCCUCACGUGAAGACUCGGCAGGGGGCUACUGCCUUGUCUCUGGCUGUGUCGAUGAACAGGAGAGAUGUUUUAGGAGUCUUUCAGCAUUUUGGAUAUUCGGCCGAGUCUACUGGAUAUGCAACGCUGCAGUAUGCUUAG